AAAAACCACAGCAGAUGGACAUGUGCUGAUGGAACAAAGCUCCAGGCUGCGUGCAAACUCUCAGUCAGACUCUCAGUCUGGACGGAGUGAGUGGAGCCCGUUCCAGCUGCGCGCCGCGCCACGGCGGCUCUUUACGCACGGGGCUUGAUGGGCUGCUGUCUGCAGUGUCUAACACAAAAGCCGGAGCAGAAGGACCGUCAUCUCAGCCUGUGCUCUCUGUCUCUCAUGCAAAGCUGCUGUUUGUAAUCUGUAGAGUUUUCUGGCUUUCCCCGGCGCUGAACCAUGAACCAGAGCGCGGGAGCGGCGCAGCACACCCACAGGUACUCAGUGGAGGAGAAGGAUAUUGGACCUAUUGGACCGGACAGGAACUGGAAAGGCAUCGGCAUCUCUUUGCUGGUUAUUUUGGUGGUUCUGUCAUUCAUUGGACUUUCCAUUGUUCUGCUGUCAAAAGACACUAGAAGUAAAACAUCUGGUUCAUCUUUAACCCUGGAUGACCUCUUUCAAAGACGUUUCCAAAUCCAUGAUCCUGAUGCAAAGUGGAUCAGCGCAAACGAAGUCACCUUUCAGAGCUGGGAUGGAAAUGUUUUCAGAGUCGACACAAACGACAACAAGACUGAGCUCCUGCUGAAGAACACAACUUUUGCAACCUUCAAGGCAUCAAAGUUUGCUAUUUCUCCAGAUCUGAACUUUGUUCUUCUGGGAUAUGAUGUCAAGCAGGUUCACCAGCAUUCUUUCUUGGCCUCAUACUUGAUCUAUAACUUGCAUACAAGGGAGGUGCAGGAGCUCAACCCUCCUGAGGUGCCCAAUUCUGUCCUCCAGUUUGCCUCCUGGGGAGUCCAUGGUCAGCAGCUGGUUUACAUCUUUGAAAACAACAUCUACUACAAAGCAAAUGUGCAGAGCAGCUCAUGGAGGCUCACCUCCUCGGGACAGGAAGGUGUGGUCUUCAACGGCAUUACAGACUGGCUGUAUGAAGUGGAGGUGUUGCACAGUCAGGCUGCUCACUGGUGGUCGCCUGAUGGCUCCAAGCUGGCCUACCUCACCAUCAAUGACUCUCUGGUCCCCACCAUGUUUCUGCCACGCUUCACUGGUUCACUGUACCCCCAAGGGAAGGAGUAUCGCUACUCAAAGAUGGGGCAGAACAACCCUCAGGUCAGCCUGCACAUCGUUACUCUGGACGGCAGCUCCCUCACUGAGGAAAUAAGACCGCCGGACUGCUUCCAUCAGAGUGAGCGUUACAUUACCAUGGUAACAUGGGUGGCACAGGAGAAGCUGGCCGUGCGCUGGGUGAACCGAGCUCAAACUAUGUCUGUGCUUUCACUCUGUGACACCACAGCGGGCGCCUGCACUACGGAACACGUGAUGGUGUCGGACACCUGGCUGGAUGGACAGAACCAGAAGCCGGUGUUUUCAAGAGACUCCACUGCUUUCUUCACCAUCGCGCCUUUAAAGCACAGCAUCCACGGCGCUUUCAACCACAUUGCCAUGAUCUCCAAUCACACCUUCAGUGAGGACGCCAGCCUUCGUCACCUGACCUCUGGAACCUGGGAUGUAACUCAAAUUCUGUCUCAUGAUGAGAGCACAAACUCAGUUUUCUUUCUGAGCACAGAAGAAGGGCCGAGCCAACAACACCUGUACAGGAUCUCCACGGUGAAUUCACUGGAUAAAGAGUGCCUGAGCUGCUCCCUUUUCAGAUCAAACUGCACUUACUUUGAUGCCGCUUUCAGCUCUGACUGCCAGCAGGUUCUCCUGACUUGCAGAGGACCUGGACUACCUCAGACUACUCUUCACAAAGUCAGUAAUAUGAAGGAGUUCCAGACCCUGGAUGGAAGCGCAGAACUAAGAGUUGCCCUGAUGAACAGAAUAGUCCCAAAAACAGAGAGAAGGACUCUACAAAUAAACGACAAUGCUUUUCGGCUGGAGCUGAUUCUCCCCGUGGAUAUGGAUGAAACACAGCAGCAUCCUCUUCUCCUGGUCCUCAACGACGCCCCUGGUGGUCAGGCUGUCAGCGAUCGUUUCUCCCUCGGCUGGGAGUCUGUCCUGGUUUCAUCGGAGCGCUUCAUCAUCGCCCGUCUGGACGGCCGCGGCAGCCGCUCUCAGGGUGGGAGGAUCCUGCACGGAGUUCACAAGAGACUCGGAACCGUCGACGCUCAGGAUCAGAUUACAGCCCUUGAGCACCUGUUGAAACUACCUUACAUUGAUGAGAGUAAGGCUGGAAUUUAUGGCAAGGCAUAUGGAGGUUUCUUGUCCACAAUCCUGCUCCUGUCUCACAGCAGCAGGUUCAGGUGUGGCAUUGCCGUCGCUCCAAUAAGUGACUGGAGACUCUACGGGUCAGCCUGUUCUGAAAAGUACUUUGGCUUUCCUGCUAAAGAGGAAUACAAAUACCAGAUUUCCAGUUUGGUCAAAAUCCCAACCACUCAACCUCAGGAGCUUCUCAUCAUCCACGGGACAGAAGAUGCUACGGUACAUUUCCAGCACUCAGCGGAGCUGGUAAAGCUGCUGUCUUCAUUAAAUGUGAACUACACACUUCAGAUAUUCCCGGAUGAAGGGUACACCCUUUGCCGCCAGAGCCAGGACUACAUGCUUUCAUCAGUAAUGUCUUUCUUCAAGCGUUGCUUUCAGGAGGAGAAAGCAGUUGCCAAAGAGACAUCUAAGGAAGAUGACUAGCCCAACAACACUGCCAUGAAGCCCUGUUGACCUUUCUGUGGCAAAUUCUGAUGUUGAUCAAUUAGGGAAGCUGUGUGUAAGUGAAUGGCUGCUGUAUUCACAGAAACAUCACAGACACAGUGUGUGUGUAAGCAACAGUGAAGGAGCCGACAGGAUAGACGAGAUGUUGGCAUGGGAAGCAAAAAAUCUGUCUGUGAAGUUUGGAUUAUCUACACAGCUAAAAAUUAGAACAGAAAAUGUAACCCUUGUGCUAGCUUAGAUGACCCCCCCCCCCCCCCCCCUUAC